UGGAGUCACCCUUACAACGGGUCCGUGAGUCACAUGCAUGCUUAGGAGGAGAAUGAAGUGAGUGUGAGCUGUUGAUACUCCACUUAGCUGUUCUGGAAUGUACUCUUACAUUGAUCAAAGCCGUAGCCGUGUGUCUCGCUACGUCUGUGCAUAGAACACUUCUUAUGUUGUCCCUCUCCCCUGUCCAGUCUGAAAUGGAUGUACAGGUUAUUGAGGAAGGGUUACACAGACGACGAAUAUGAAAGCUGGAGACAUUGUUCCCAUUACAGUGAUAUGUGUCGUUUAAUACUCUGACUGUAUGCAUAGAACCGCCUGUGCAGAAACUCCGCUGUCUGAACCCAGCGGUGUUGCAAAAUGAAUUCACCCCGUAACCUCAAAAGCUGAAUACACAUAGAGUUACACAAACAUAACACAGUGGAUCGCAAAUGACGUAACAGUCUGACUGGGUGUUUUUACUUCCUCGUUGUUCAACAUGGCGGGUGUCAGGAUAUUGGUUGUGUUAGUGUGUGUAGGAAGGAUACAGCUGGCAUCGGGUUUCUGCGCAUCGGGAAAGUUUGGAGACUCCUGUAGCUAUUCUUGUCACUGUCCGAUACCGUGUAACGAAACAACAGGUGCCUGUAGUGGUGAUUGUGACACUGGUUGGAGGAAGGCAGGAGGCCUGUGCCAGAAACAAAACAUCGCACUGAACAAGGGAGCAUCAACAACAUCUGGAGUGUACCUAGACUGGUACGCGGCAAAGGCUGUUGAUGGAAACAGUGACAUGAAUGGUGGUAGUAGCACCUGUUUCCACGCUGCUGGAUCUCCGUCAGACUGGACAGUGGAUCUGGGCCAGGACCUCCAGCUGUAUGACAUCAGGAUCUACAGCAGAAAUGGAUACUACUGGAGAAAUGCCAACUCCAACAUCUAUCUGAACAACGACACCUCCAGCAUCUGCUCCACCCUCCCGAGUCCACCAUGUACUCCCAACCCAACUGACGUGACGUGUAUCUGUACCGGCAGAUACGUCACCAUCAGGAACUCGGGGACAGGAGGAAGAGAUGGCUAUGCUAGUGCACUGAACAUCUGUGAGGUGGAGAUCUACGCUUGCAGCCCAGGAAUCUACGGACUGAAGUGUAAUACGUUCUGUCACUGCCUGAAUUCAACCUGUGAUCGCUUGACUGGAUUGUGCCCUGGAGACUGUAGACCAGGGUUCGCAGGGAGAACGAUGUGAUACAGCUUGCAACGGCACAACCUAUGGUACUAACUGCAACAAAACAUGUGCACAGCGGAAGUGUUCACCUACAAAUUCGUCAU